GCAGCCAGCCGGCUGGGCUCAGACCCCUGCAGCGGCCCCUCCCCAGCGGAGCGGUCGGUUCCUUGGCAACAUCUCCAGGAAUCCAGCGCCAGGCUCAGGCUCGCUUCCUCUCCCCUCCCACCGCCUGCCUGCAGGGCUGGGGGCGGAGGCAGAGAGCCCAUUAUAAGAAACUCGAGCCCAUUCCAAGAAGCAGCGACGGAACCGGCUGCCUAAGGACAGCACAGAGCUCCCCCGGAGGCGCCAGCCUCAGCCUCCUGCCCGGGCCCCUGCGCAGGCCCUCACCCACCCCAGCGAUAAGCGAUGGCUCCCACACCUCUGUCGUGGCUGCUGCGCCUGGCUGUGCUCUGCCAUCUGACGGUCCUGCUGGCUGGGAUCUCUGUGGCCUCAGGACAGCAUCAUGGUGUGGCGAAAUGCGAGAUUAUUUGUGACAAGAUGACCAAAGAAAUUCCCAAGAGCUUGCUCCUGCACUAUCAUGAGAACCGGCGCUCCUGCGGCAGGCCUGCCAUCAUCUUGGAGACCAUCAAGCAAAGACUAUUCUGUGCUGACCCAAAGGAGAAAUGGGUCCAAGAUGUAAUGCAGUACAUAGACAACCAAAGUCCUGCUGUGACAACUCAGAAUGGCGGCAAGUUUGAGAAGCAUGUGGGGAAGCCUGAGACCGUGCCAGCCGCCUGGGAAAUGGCCCAGCCUCUGCUCACAGAGCCUGAAGCCACAGGGGAAAGCAUCAGUGUGGAGCCUACCACUUCUUCCCAGGGGACUCAGAAUCUCAUGGGGACUUCUCCAGAGUUGCUCAUGAGAGCAACUGGAUCUUUGGGGACCAGGACGUCCCUCACUUCCAAGGCUCAGGAUGGGGAGCCUCCUGCUGGCACAGAGGUUUUCAGCACAGCUGCUGUCUCCACCACCAUUGCUUGGCAGAGGUCUGCUGCCUCCCAACCUGGCGCCAGCCCCAGGGCUCAGGGCAAGGCCCCCUCUACCCCAGCUCCCUCUACCCCAGCCCCCUCCACUGAGCCCCCCUCCACUCAGACUCCCACCACUUCACACCCAACAACUGAAGGCCAACCUGGGUGGACCCAGGCACAGACCCCUACUCCCGAGAGCACUGUAGGGCCCAAGGAGAUGGGCCCUGAUCGUGCUCACACAGAUGCUUUCCAGAACCAGGGCCCCAGCAGCGUGGGCCAUCCUUCUGUGGUCCGUAGCUUCUCCCAAGGGAGCUCCAGCCAGGAGCCAGAGGGCUUAGGCAGCUUGAUCCCCAAGGUUGAGGAGCCCAUCCAUGCCACUGUGGACCCCCAGAGGCAGGUCCUUAUCACUCCUGUUCCAGACACCCAAGCAGCCACUAGGAGGCAGGCAGUGGGGCUGCUGGCCUUCCUAGGUCUGCUCUUCUGCCUGGGAGUGUCCAUGUUUGCCUACCAGAGCCUCCAGGGAUGCCCCCGCAAGAUGGCCGGGGAGAUGGUGGAGGGCCUUCGCUAUGUCCCCCGGAGCUGCGGCAGUAACUCCUAUGUCCUGGUGCCAGUGUGAGCUGCCCACUUGCUCAUGUCCAGUUUUAAUUCAGACAGCCUCCUAGGGACCCCCAUCCUCAUACCCACCUUCAUGAGGGGCCUGGCUGAGCUGGGGUAAUGGGAAUGGGGAGGCGGGAUCCUCCAGGUGCAGGCAGCUCCAAGACCCAGGUGUAGUCUAGGAGGUCGCCCUUGACCUUUCUCAACCUAUCAGGUCCAGAGAGGGGCGGCCUCCAACUCCAAACCUGAGAACUCUCUGCUUCUGGCUGGUUAGAGGUUCCCUUGGCCACCGUCUGAACCCCUGUACACAAUUAUUUAUUGAAUGUCCAGCCCCACUCCUGGCCUGCGACUCCCUGUGAGCCCCGUGGUCCUCCCAUUCCACAAGUAAGCGACAGGCCAGGCCUCCCUUGCCUGCUCCCCAGACCUCCUCACGUCCCUUGGUCCUGCUGCAGUCGCCAGUCACCCCGGCCAGCUGCGGUGCUAUCUCUACAUUUCUUCUGUACAGAGCCCCAACCCCCACCCCAGAUUUGUGUCUUUUCUUGCAUGAGGCUGGUGUGGCAUUUCCGGGGUGCUCCUAGGGAAGAUGCUGCAUGGUGUGCAGGGAGAUGAGGUCACUGGUGGCUUUGAUGUCCUCCUCUGUCCUGGCUGUGCAGUGAAGGAACACAGAGUGACCAGCCCCAGCGCCACCACCCACCUAACAAGGCUGGCAGAUCUGUGGCAAUAACCUGCGCUCCUGGGCCACUUACUGAGACCCUCCUGCCGGGCCUCUUCAGCCAAGCACCGUGGACACUCACUGCCAUCCCAUCCGGCUGGCACCUGUGUGGGCUUGGGGAACCUGCAAGAGCAGAGCCAAUUGUGAAGGCUCCUCCUUGUCCAGGAGCCCCAGGUCUGCCCUGACAGAGACCACUGAAAAAGCGAGAAAGGCAUCAGGCCCCCAGGCAGCUGAGGCAGCCUGUGAAAGGUGCAGGGAAAGCUACGGAGCCCCUACACUUUCGGAGCUCCUGCAGCAGUGGGUUUUCUGCAGCCCGCACAGCCGUGCUCUUUCCUUCAUCUGCCCUUGAUGGCACCAUUCACUGCUCUCCAGGAUUUUGCCCUCUCUUUUGUUCCAACAAAGGUAGGGCCAGCAAUGUUGAUGAUAUUCCCUGGAGUCCUGUGUGUAUUUCUGGAAGGUCUCCAUCCUGGCGGAAGGGGACUUGUGGGCAUAAAAUGCUGGGUUCCUUUUGUAGCUGCUGAAGAUGUGGGCAGAGCUGGAGGUGGCCAGCACCCCAAACCAGAGCUGGAGCUGCAGACUUUGCCCUCAGAUCUCUGGUGGCAGCUUAUCAUUUCUUCUGAUUGCCCCCAAGAGUGACCCUUGGCCUCUGUCUGCAGGUCUUCUCAUUGGCUGGGCUGCACCCAGGUCUCGGUGACACAGUCUUUUGCAGGUGGCUCUUGAUGAAGCAACACAGCUGUGGGCCUCAGAGAGAAAGCCCUGCUGCCUGCUCUCCUGCACUGUGCGCUUCAGGGUCUCUCUGAGGAGUGUGAGGGGAGGGCAGGUCCAAAUGCACUUUGUUCUGGUUCAGGUUCUGUCAGGCCAGGAGAGCCUUCAACGGUUGGGACACCUCUCCCUUGGUAGCUCCUCCCCACAGGAUGUGGACAGUGACGAUCUGGAGAGGACUUUGGAAGGGGUUGGUUGAUUCUUUUGCUUUUUCAACCCUCAUCACCACUGUCUGUGCCAUUUUGUAUUUUACUAAUAAAACCGAAAAGUCUUGU